CGUCAAAAUGCAACGUCGCAUGUCAAUAACCAUACGCGAAUAUAAAUUCUUUCGCAGCUUUUCGCAAAAAUUCGAAAAUUGGCCGAAACGCAAGGCUGAGGCGUUAUGGCGGAAAAUGCGCGAAAGGAAAAUUGCAGAAAUCGAAGCUGUUGAAGCCUGCAAAUGGCUCAGAGCUGCUGGCUUUCCUCAAUAUGCUCAGAUGUAUGAAGAUCAUCAAUUCCCCAUUGACCUGACCAAUGUUGCCAAGGAUCAUACAAAUUUGGAAAAUGAUCAAUUGCAAUCUCUAUAUCGGCGUUUGUGUAUCUUAAAUCGUUGUGCCAAUAUGCGCGUUGAUCAAUCUCACAAAGCACAAACACCACAGAAAGAAGACUCGGAUGAUGAAAAUUUUGCCUUGAGUGAAAACUGGACAUUCCAACCACAUAUACGUCGCUGGUCGCGUAUUGGUGAAAUGGGUCUUGAAAUACCACCCGCCACAAAAUUAUCCACCUGCGAAAAAACCGAAUCAUCAUCAAAAGAAUCCAGUCCCGAUAGAUUUGAGGAUGAUUCCUAUGAUAUUACCGGUGGUCCACUAUCAUUAGUUUUACCCGGUACCUAUACAGAUGAUUCUGCAGAGACGGCAUUAAAUACCGAUGGUAGCGCAGAUGUUAAUGCCAGCCCGCUGAGGCGUACGGGUAGUGAACGUUUAAAGGAUGGUGCUAAGGCCAUAUUGAGAAGGGUGGAAUCGAUUAAAUCGCGUAGAAGAAAACGUCAGGGUAUUGUACUGAGUGGUCCACAGGCAUUGGAUUUAUCGCAGUUGGGUCAACGGUCAAGUAUGCGUAAACCGGAUGCGGUAUAUUCCACGCCACCAUCACCAUCUGCCGUCAGUCCCAUGCACACUUUCAAUAAGGGACCGAUGUUUGGCAAUGAACUGAAGGUACCCUCACAAAGUGAUAAUUUCUUAAGUCCAAAUCGUGCAAGUCCCAAGAGGACACCCACCACGCCUCGGUCUAUGCGGACAAGUCCCUUGCAUUUCUUUACCAAUACCAUGCCCUAUGUAAAGGAGGGUAAAUCCGAUGAUUCCUCCUCGUAUUAUAGCGAUAGCCAGGAAUCCACAUCGGCGGUGAAUAAGAUGAGUAUACGUAAGACCCCCUCCAAGGCAAGAAGAUUCCUGCAAAGAACGGGGAAGGUAGAUGAUAUUGGAGCACACUCUGAUUCCGAAUGCCAUCAAGGUAGGAAGCUACUGAUCAAGGAUGCCAAUGCCAAUACAACUGAGGUGAAAUCAAAGAAACUGUCAAGAGGAGGUUCCCUGAAUUUGGGUAGGGAUGGCAAGAAACGUGAAGGUUUCCGUUCGGCCAGUUUCCGUUCAAGAUCCACCACACGCAAAGAACCCAAGGUUGAGGUGGAAGUAGAGCCCAUCAAGAAAAGUUCUCCUGUUGUACGGUGGCAUAGUUUCCAGCUGGAAGAACGUCCCCACAUGAUAUUCCGCAAAUGUUUUGCCCAGAAAAAUGAUCCUCAUUCCAAUGAACAUGGCAUACCAUUCGCUGCCAUGUCUGCCGGUCAAUUACAAAUGAUACGUAAAUUGGCUUUGGUUACCCUAACCGGGUAUAUGGAACGUUAUUGUCCCACUCAUCGGUCGGGAUGGAACUGGGAGCUUCCGAAAUUCAUAAAGAAAAUCAAAAUGCCCGAUUAUAAGGAUAAGAAAGUUUUUGGUGUACCUCUUUUACUUAUUCUGCAACGUAGUGGCCAGACACUGCCCAUUGCUGUAAGGGCUGCCUUCCGUUGGCUUCAGCUGAAUGCUCUCGAUCAAAUUGGUCUCUUCCGUAAGAGUGGUGUUAAAUCGAGAAUUUUAAAACUUAAAGAAUUGAUAGAAUACUCAGAGACCACUGCGGAAUGUAUGGAUGUGUUUGAUACGCAGCAGGCCUAUGAUGUGGCUGAUAUGUUGAAACAGUAUUUCCGCGAUUUACCCGAGUCACUGUUGACCACCAAAAUGUCGGAGACAUUUGCGGCAAUUUUUCAACAUCUCCCCACCGAAGUCCGUUUGGAUGCUGUACAAUCUGCCGUCCUUUUGUUGCCCGAUGAAAAUCGUGAAAUCCUCUAUGCUCUCUUGGAAUUCCUAACACUGGUGGCUGCCAAUUCGCAAUAUAAUCAAAUGACAGCCAAUAACUUGGCUGUGUGUUUGGCCCCCUCCUUAUUCCAUAGUAGUAUAUCGACGGGUAGCAAUUCGGUUACUGCAUCACCAAGACGCAAAGCCAAGGGUUCGGGUGUACCCGAUGCCAAAGAAUUAUUUGAGGCCAAGGCUUCACAUGAAUGUUUGGCAUUUAUGAUACAGAAUUACAAGCAAAUCUUCACCGCACCCAAAGAAAAGCUGGCCAAGUGUAAAUUUGGUUAUAUGGAAGAAUCAAAACCACUGCCCCUGGAAGCCUUGGGUGAGGGUAUGCAAUUUCAUAAUUGGCGUGGCUAUUUGUAUGAGAGCACAAGUGCCACCAUCAAGGAGGGUAGAGAAAAGUCCCGUGGCUGGAUUACCACCACCUCCAUAAAUGACAGCAAUGUUGAAAUUGCCUAUAAAAAGGUGGGCGAUGGCCAUCCUCUUCGAUUGUGGCGUUGCAUUACCGAAAUUGAGGGACCACCCAAAGAUGUUUUGGAUUAUAUAAUAAGACAACGUGCCUCAUGGGAUCCAAAUUUGUUGCAAAGUCAAACCAUUAAGAAAUUCGAUGAUUGUACGGAAAUAUUCCAAUAUGCCAUUGAUGGCCAACAGUGUACAGAUUUUUGUGUAUUAAGAUCUUGGCGUACUGAUUUACCCCGUGGUGCUUGUGUGAUUGUUGAAACCUCCAUCGAUCAUGCAAAAGCCAAACCAAUGUUCAAUGCAGUACGCGGUGUGGUAUUGGCCUCGAGAUAUUUAAUUGAACCCUGUGGCAGUGGUCGUUCAAGGGUUAUGCAUUUGGCAAGAGUUGAUGUUAAGGGUAAAACUCCAGAAUGGUAUAAUAAAAGUUAUGGGCAUAUUGCAUCGCAUUUCCUAACAAGAAUACGUUUGGCAUUUAAAAAUGUUGCCGAGGGUCCUGAAAGUAAAGUGUAAUAUGGAUAACAA